AAGUGGGUUCAGUAUUGCCACCACCACCACCAGGGCUUGUUGCUGCUGCUGCAGCGCAGCAAAGUGGACGUGCUUGGCCUCAGCCAACAAUGAUACCGCAGAGUGCACCUUCAAUGGUAAGCGGUGCUGUUCAAUUUGUCAUUAAUACAGUAUGCUGUCACAUUUAA